UAAACAGUCGACAAGUGUUAAGCUUCGUAACUCCAGUCAUCAUUUCAACUUCAACCGGACAGUAUCGCGGGGGUGGUGAAGAAAUUAUUACUGACACUAUCUACAAGGCAUCAUGAUUGCAUUUUUUGCGAUUCUGGUCAACCUCCUAGCAAACAGCUCUGCUGUAGGUGUUGGAAAAGCAUGGGAAAUAUCUUCAAACACCAAUGCAGAACACACAACUCAUCCAACUUGGCCUCGUCUUGACCUAUCAGCGUUUGAAGUGCGUAGCAUCAGUGGAGUUGGUCGUUUGGCAUCUCGAGAGUCUUCUCCAACAAUAAAAAUUCCUGAAACACUUGUAGAUUUAAAAGAAUUUGAUCAAACAGGUGAAGUGAGAGGAAAUCGUAUUGCAAAAGAACUAGAAGAUAUGGAGGAUAGCCGUUCUCCAGAAUUAUUAUACGAUCAUCCACUUUUCAAAGGAGCCAUAAGAAAUCCAAACGACGAUGUAGAAGUAUUAUCAGAACCCUGGGAAAAAGAAACACGUCGUAAAGCUAGACAUUAUGGGUCUUGUUCUGAAAGUCAUGAAAAACCGGACGAAACAUCAUUGGAAAUAAUUGAAGAUCAUUCUAGAAUACGUAGAGAGGCAGAUGAAAAUCAAAUGGAGAAAAUAUCUGGAACAAAAAGUGCUCGAGAACCUCGUUUGGGUUCUCCUGAAUCUUGGUCAACACAGCCUCUUUCUGUUGAAUUCCGUCAUAGAACUGAUGCUGAAGAAGCUGCUAGUGAAGAUGAUGAAACAUCUCGAUCUCCAUCACAGAGAGAUGAAGCUCCGAGGACCGAUUUUAUCACAGCAAAUAGGAGGAAUUAUGAUGUGCGAGAAUCUAGGGAGUCAAGAGAUUUCCCGAUAUCAAGAACAUAUGAUGAUGUAUCAUUCAGAACUCCUCUUCGCGAUCGUGAAUUCGAUGCAACUUACUCCCGAGGUUAUUACUAUCCAGAUCACUUUAGAACAGAACGAGAAUACUACGUUAGAGGAUUAAACGAGCCGACAGCUUAUUCAUCAGACCGUUAUCGUAUUGAAGACUAUGAUUUAUAUCGAAAUCGACCAACACCAAAGCCUAAAAGAAUAAUUUAUUAUGCAACAUUACCUGAGAUUGUUCGCAAGCCUGUUGAUCUUCGAAGCUAUCAAAGACCUCAUGAUCAUAUCAGACCUUCUAUUCCUAUGAUGACACGUGAUGGCUUCCCUAAAAAAAUUCCCAACAUGAUGGAUCGAGAUGUCGAAACUAGAUAUCGCUACAGAAGCUAUCCUUAUGGUGGUUAUGAUCCUUAUAUCAAAAGAUCCACUUACUUAGAUCGCCCUUACGUGCAUUAUACUGAUAGAGUUGACGAGGUUCGUUAUUUGGAUCAAAAUUUAGAUCAUGACACUUACAAAGAAGUUCGCAGUGCUGAUGAAGCAGCUAAAUUACUCGCAGAUCCUUCAGGAGCACGACGACAAGAAAAAUUACCAUGGCCUGUCCAAAUUGGAACUGAAAUCAAUGUCAAAGAUAAUCAGAAGGUUUCUGGAAGAAAAAUUUUUGGACAAUAUCAAGACUAUGAUAGAUUUAGACCAAGUACUAGAAUAGAACGUAAAGAGAGUACAGAUAAUCCUGGACUAGAAGCUAGAAAUUAAAUACUUGAUUUAGACAUUAAAUAAAAUUGAUAGAUGCUGUUUUAAAUUGAUAU